UGCAGUGCCGGUACUGAUAGUGUGUGCCACACACUACAGUUGUGUGUGUCCCAGGACGAUGUACCGCAGGUCCCCCUGCCACAAAGGCAGGGUCCACUUUGACUUCAGUGAGGAGGUGGUCAAAAAGCUUCAUGCGUCCACACUCAGUUUUGAUGUGGAGAAUGGGCCAUCGGCAGGCUGCAGUCCGCUGGACCCCCAGGCCUCCCCCGGCUCCGGCCUGGUCCUGCACACCAACUUCCCCGGCCAUAACCAGCGACGAGAGUCCUUCCUCUACCGCUCCGACAGCGACUAUGACCUGUCGCCCAAAUCCAUGUCCCGCAACUCCUCCAUUGCCUCAGAGCUGCAUGGGGAUGACCUAAUCGUCACACCUUUUGCUCAGGUUCUUGCCAGCCUUCGAAGUGUGAGAAACAAUUUCACAGUCCUCACUAAUGUACAGUGCACCUCAAACAAGAGAUCACCUGCGACCACCCAGCCCCCCAUCACCAGAGUCUGCCUCUCUGACGACUCGUACCAGAAGCUGGCCGUGGAGACCAUGGAGGAGCUGGACUGGUGCCUGGACCAGCUGGAGACCAUCCAGACGUACCGCUCGGUCAGCGACAUGGCCUCCAACAAGUUUAAGAGAAUGCUGAACAGGGAGCUGACGCACCUCUCAGAGAUGAGCAGAUCUGGCAACCAGGUGUCAGAGUUCAUCUCCAACACCUUCCUAGACAAACAGAACGAGGUGGAGAUCCCUCCGCCCACACCGAAAGCUCGGGAGAAGAAGAAGAAGCAGCAGUUGAUGACUCAGAUCAGCGGUGUGAAGAAGGUGUCUCAUGGGCCCAGUCUCAACUGCGGCAUCGCCCGCUUCGGUGUCAAAACUGACAAGGAAGACCUGCUGUCUAAGGAGUUAGAAGAUCUGAAUAAAUGGGGCUUGAAUAUCUUCACCGUGUCAGAGUAUUCCAACAACCGGCCUCUAACGUGCAUCAUGUACGCUAUCUUCCAGGAACGAGAUUUGCUGAAGACGUUUAAGAUCCCAGCAGAUACGUUUGUGACAUAUAUGAUGACACUGGAGGAUCACUACCACUCAGACGUGGCUUACCACAACAGUCUUCAUGCUGCCGAUGUGGCUCAGUCCACACAUAUUCUCCUCUCCACACCUGCCCUAGAUGCUGUCUUCACGGAUUUGGAAAUCUUGGCUGCCAUUUUUGCAGCAGCCAUCCAUGACGUAGACCAUCCUGGUGUUUCUAACCAGUUCCUCAUCAAUACAAACUCUGAGCUGGCCCUCAUGUAUAACGAUGAGUCAGUGCUGGAGAACCACCACCUAGCUGUGGGCUUCAAGCUCCUCCAGGAGGAGAACUGUGACAUCUUCCAGAAUCUCACGAAGAAGCAGAGGCAGUCACUCAGGAAGAUGGUCAUCGACAUGGUACUUGCCACAGACAUGUCUAAACAUAUGAGCUUACUAGCUGAUCUGAAGACUAUGGUGGAGACGAAGAAGGUUACCAGCUCAGGAGUGCUGCUUCUGGACAAUUACACAGACAGGAUACAGGUUCUCCGAAAUAUGGUGCACUGCGCUGAUCUGAGCAACCCAACCAAGUCUCUCGAGCUGUACAGGCAGUGGACAGACCGCAUCAUGGAGGAGUUCUUCCACCAAGGUGACCGUGAGAGAGAGCGAGGGAUGGAGAUCAGCCCCAUGUGUGAUAAACACACAGCCUCAGUGGAGAAAUCACAGGUUGGUUUCAUUGACUAUAUUGUCCAUCCGCUGUGGGAGACGUGGGCUGAUCUGGUCCACCCUGACGCCCAGGACAUCCUGGACACGCUGGAGGACAAUCGGAACUGGUACCAGAGCAUGAUCCCCCAGAGCCCCUCCCCGCCCUUCUACCAGGCCGAAAAGGAGGGCCAUGGCGGGGGGCCAGGGGGCGAAAAGUUCCAAUUCGAGCUCACCCUGGAGGAGGAGGACUCGGAAGGCACGGAAAAAGACGAGCAGAGUCAGGGAGAUGAGGAAGAGGAGGAGGAGGAGGCAGAAGAAGAGGAAGAUCAGGGGGAGGAGAUGGAGCCGGUUUCCACACACAUCCAGAUCGUGACUCAAGACGCCUCACCAGUGGACACAUAGGACCUCGCUGCCCGCAUUAGUGGGUAGUAACCAUUUUUUUCCUCGCAACCUUGCAGUUGAUGCUUUUUAACGAAGCCCAGAGAGGGGGCUUUUUUGGCCCUCUCGGGAGGAGGACGACUGGCCCUCCUUGCACUUGCGUGUGGAGCCAGUUUGGGUGGAGCUCUCAGGAAAUAAAUGCUGCAGACAUUUUGGAGCUGAAUGAUUGACAGGUGACUGUGUGAAACAUGAAGGAUCGGGGCCAACUGUAGACCUUUGUUUGUCUGGCAGGGCGAACGUUUUUGAGGAGUCAACACUACUGAGAGGACUGGAGUGUUUUUUGUACCAAGUGACUUUUUUUCUAAAGCUAUCUAUGGGGAUACGUCGGGGUAGCAUACGAACUACUGAUGAACAAGUAUUUGUAAAGAAAGAAACUGUUUACUUUUCUGUACCAUUUGUCUAAAGACUUUGUGUGCCUUUUUUACUAUUGUCUUUUUAAUAGUCUUUUUUAUUUAUUGAACACACUUUAGUAUAACUGUACAUGAAAAAUGUUUUUUUUGUUUUGUUUCGUUUUCUAAAGGCAAACCAGACAGCUUACCUGCAGAAUCAUUUUAUAAGCCGAAGAGAAAACUCAGUGUCUUCCUUUAUAUUUGGCAAUAUGACUAAAUAAUCCAAAUGUCUGACGUACGUUCAGAAAACUUAGAAAUGUAUAUUCCAGUGAAAGAUGCACUUUGUCAUUUUUAAAAAUUUUGUCUUUUUUUUUGAAUGAGCGCAUCAUGUAUACCCAUACAAUUCACUGUAUACUUAGUAUUUCAGAUCAAAGACCCAGGAUUUUGAAUCUGGCAAACUUAGAAGAGCUCUUACAAUCUAACUGUUUAGGAAUUUAAUGCAAUCUUCCUUUAGUUCUCUCUGUAAACUUCCCAUAUACUUUGACCUCACCUUAAUUCACCCAGUGCUGAAAGCUAUGCAGUUAGACCUGUCAGAAUUAGCUUUUGUGACAGUGAUUUUUAUUAUUUUCUUGUAAGGGGAUUGCUGCGGAAAAGACUCAACUAAACAAAUUUGAAUUGAAAAAUGAAAUAAAUCUUGAAAUUAAAUCUUGCCUGCUUUGGUCCUCGAAGACAAGGUUUAAAAAAAGCCUUCCGUUCAUUGACGUCAGUUGAAUUUGUGUCACCAUCACAGAGUACAUUUCCUGGGGUUUGAGCUAUCAGCUUUUGAUUUGAUGACAUGAUUAUAUCAAUCUCACUAGAACAAAUCAUCCCUAAGACCAGUGACACAUUUCUUUUAGCGUCUUAAACAUAGUUCUCCAGUUUUCCAACUUUGAACACCAAAACUGGUCAAGCAUACGGCUAACUUACCGUCAUAUUUGACCACGUUUGAAUAAUUGCCUUUCUUUACACACCAUAAUAUCCAUUACUCUCCAGUUUCUCUGGUCUAUGUCUCACCAGUAGGAAUAGUUUAUGGCCAAAGUAGCAUGCAGAAGCGUGUACGUGUGCGUGUAUGUGUGUCUUUGUAUGUAUGAGGAUUACAUCUGUCAUCUGCCCAUGCCCUUUUCACACAACUGUUUUGUUUGGUUUGUUUAUAUUAGCUCAAGUCGGUCCUUUGCUGUUCAUAACAGUGUAUUUAUUACCUUUGACUGUACAUAAGGAAUGAUGUUUCUUUGUAAAUUUAUUUUUAAUUUAUAUGCACUUGCAUUACCGAAAAUUGGUGGUGUUUUUUGUGUAGUGGGCUCUUGGAUUGAGUCUGUUAUAUUUGGUAAUACUGUUUUUUUGUUUUUGUUUUUUGUUCUAAAUAUUGAUGAAUAAAUAUAUAUCUAUAUAUAUAUAUAUUAUACUAUAUAGGCUAUAUAAAUAUAUCGCACAAUUUACAACUGCCCAGAAAAGUAGCUUAAGAGACACACAACCCAUUGGUUACGGGGGGAGUCUGUAGAUAAGACACAAGAACAUACUGUAGACAUUCUGUCAGAUAUUAGAAGCUUCGUGUAUCACUGUUUGGUGCAACAUCGAAAACUUGAUACCACAAGAUUGUACACAGAGUGGCACUCCAGCUGAAACCUCUACAGCUUUUUGAAUGCAGAUUGCUAAGAACGGCUCAGAAAUUUUUUUUAUACGUUGGACUCGCAAACCACACAUAUUGGUCACAAACGUCACAAUCUCUGAACACCAAUGUGAAAUUGAUAUGAAUUACAAAAAAUGUGAUCUUCUGUAAUUAUUUGUGCUAAUGUGAACUAUUUUUCUGACCUUGUUAGCAGUUUUGAAAUUCAAAUUGUCAGUAUAACUUUGUUCAUCUAUGUUUAAGAUCUUUUGGUCCGAUUUGUGUCCAAAAGGAUUAGGCAGAGUUAGUAAUAUCUGCAUGAGGGAUGGGUUUUUUCGUCUAGUAAUCCCACAUUGUUGCAGGUGAAUAUUCAAUGUUUCACACAAUGUAUGGUAUAAUAUUGUAUAUUGUGUUCAAUAAAAUCUAAAACUACUUUUCUAUGAAGUGAUUAAAAACGAAGCAUGAAUAUA